AUGGUUUCCUAUCUUGUAAAACUAGCUGGAUUGGCAGCUGUGAUAGCCCCUGUUUUUGCGACACCCGUUCCCAACGCCGGACACCUGAAGAUCCGCAAUAACGACGCCAGCGAUGUUAUUCCAAACAGUUACAUCGUUGUUUACAAAAGCGAUAUAGACGAUGAUACGAUCGAGUCACACCAGAAUUCUAUCGGUUCGAUGCUGUCUAGGCGUGAUACUCAAGGUGUCGGAGCCACCUACACCAUGGAGCUGUUGAAAGGAUACCAGAUCAAUGCAGAUUCAGGAACUAUGGACAAGAUCGGCGCCAAACCCGAAGUCGAUUACAUUCAGAAGGAUAGAAAAGUAUACGCCAACGACCUUACCACCCAAACUCAAGCACCCUGGGGGCUUGGUCGUAUAUCCCAUAGAGACAAGGGAAGCCACAGCUACACUUAUGACACAACGGCCGGUAGCGGCGCAAAUGUCUAUGUUGUUGACACGGGGAUUUAUACCGGUCACUCAGAGUUUGGCGGCCGUGCCUCUAUGGGUGCUAACUUCGUCACUGGAUCUGAUAACACCGACGAGAAUGGACACGGAACGCACUGCGCUGCAACUAUUGCAGGAACCAAUUACGGGGUUGCUAAGUCUGCAAACGUCGUGGGCGUGAAGGUUCUGGGCAAGGACGGUGUAGGCUCUACCUCUGAUGUCAUUUCCGGCGUCCAGUGGGUUGGUGCAAACCACGCUGCGAACGCUGUACUCACCAUGUCUCUCGGAGAAAGCUUCGAUUCUGCAGUCAACUCAGCCGUCAAGAGCAUAUAUAACCUUGGAGUCACUGUCGUCGUUGCAGCCGGUAAUUCUGCCACAGAUGUUUCCGGGUUCUCCCCAGCUUCCGAGCCGACUGCUAUCACGGUCGGUGCGAUCGAUUCGGGCGAUGCACGCGCAUCUUUCUCCAACUUUGGCAGUCUCGUCGAUAUCUUCAGUCCAGGUGUGAACAUUCUCUCUGCAUGGAUUGGAGGCACCGAUGCUACUCGAAUGAUGUCUGGUACGAGCAUGGCUGCUCCCCACGUCGCCGGUCUCGCUGCCUACCUGAUCGUUCUGGAGAGUAUCAGUACCCCGGCAGCUGUUGCAUCCCGUCUCCAGGCUUUGGCAACCUCUGGCAAGAUUACCCAAGCUGAGAGCACGAACAACCUGAUUGGCUACAACGGUGACGAUGCGUAA